CGGCCCCAUGGAGACGCCGCCGGCCGCGGCUGGCGCUCGGCGGGUAGGAGCUGUGGCGUGGUGCCUUCCAGGAGUCUGAGCUAUGAGUGGCCCCUGUGGAGAGAAGCCUGUCCUGGAAGCCAGCCCCACCAUGAGUCUGUGGGAAUUUGAGGACAGCCAUAGCCACAGCCGUCAGGGCACCCCCAGGCCAGCCCACGAGCCGGCAGCUGAGGAGGCCUCGGCCGUGGAACUGCAAAUGAAGGUGGACUUCUUCCGGAAGCUGGGCUAUUCAUCCACGGAGAUCCACAGCGUCCUACAGAAGCUGGGCGUCCAGGCAGACACCAACACGGUGCUGGGCGAGCUGGUGAAACACGGGACGGCCACCGAGCGGGAGCGCCAGGCCUCACCGGACCCCUGCCCUCAGCUCCCUCUAGUCCCGCGGGGUGGGGGCACCCCUAAGGCUCCCAACCUGGAACCUCCACUCCCAGAGGAGGACAAGGAGGGCAGUGACCUGAGACCAGUGGUCAUCGAUGGGAGCAACGUAGCCAUGAGCCAUGGGAACAAGGAGGUCUUCUCCUGCCGGGGCAUCCUGCUGGCAGUGAACUGGUUUCUGGAGCGGGGCCACACAGACAUCACAGUGUUUGUGCCAUCCUGGAGGAAGGAGCAGCCUCGGCCCGAUGUGCCCAUCACAGACCAGCACAUCCUGUGGGAACUGGAGAAGAAGAAGAUCCUGGUGUUCACACCAUCGCGGCGCGUGGGUGGCAAGCGGGUGGUGUGCUAUGACGACAGAUUCAUCGUGAAGCUGGCCUACGAAUCUGAUGGGAUCGUGGUUUCCAACGACACGUACCGUGACCUCCAGGGCGAGCGGCAGGAGUGGAAGCGCUUCAUCGAGGAGCGGCUGCUCAUGUACUCCUUCGUCAAUGACAACAAGGCUUGCCAUCGGCCCCUUCUCAGCAAUUAGAAGUCCCUGCAUGGCUCCCACCUCCAGAGAGUUCUUUGCACCCUCUGCAGGUUUAUGCCUCCCGAUGACCCACUGGGCCGGCACGGGCCCAGCCUGGACAACUUCCUGCGUAAGAAGCCACUCACUUUGGAGCACAGGAAGCAGCCGUGUCCCUAUGGGAGGAAAUGCACCUACGGGAUCAAGUGCCGAUUUUUCCACCCAGAGCGGCCAAGCUGCCCCCAGCGCUCUGUGGCAGAUGAGCUCCGCGCCAAUGCUCUCCUCUCACCCCCCAGGGCCCCAAGCAAGGACAAAAGUGGCCGGCGGCCUUCACCUUCAUCCCAGUCCAGUCCUCUGCUAACCGAAAGUGAGCAAUGCAGCCUGGAUGGGAAGAAGCUGGGGGCCCAGGGAUCCCCAGGGCCCCGCCAGGAGGGUCUAACACAGACCUAUGCCCCAUCAGGCAGGAGCCUCCCACCUAGUGGGGGCAGUGGCAGCAGCUUCGGGCCCACGGACUGGCUCCCGCAGACUCUGGACUCACUCCCGUACGUCUCCCAGGAUUGCCUGGACUCCGGCAUUGGCUCCCUGGAGAGCCAGAUGUCGGAACUGUGGGGGGUUCGAGGAGGAGGCCCUGGUGAGCCAGGCCCACACCGAGCCCCUUACACGGGCUACAGUCCCUAUGGAUCUGAGCUCCCAGCCACUGCGGCCUUCUCUGCCUUUGGCCGGGCCAUGGGUGCUGGCCACUUCAGUGUCCCUGCCGACUACCCACCUCCGCCCCCUGCCUUUCCACCUCGAGAGUACUGGUCUGAACCAUACCCACUGCCCCCACCCACACCAGUCCUUCAAGAGCCCCCAGUGCAGAGCCCAGGGGCUGGCAGGAGCCCGUGGGGCAGGGCAGGCAGCCUGGCCAAGGAGCAGGCCAGCGUGUAUACCAAGCUGUGUGGUGUGUUUCCCCCGCACCUGGUGGAGGCCGUGAUGGGGCGCUUCCCACAGCUCCUGGACCCCCAGCAGCUGGCUGCCGAGAUCCUCUCUUACAAGUCCCAGCACCCCAGUGAGUAAGCUGCCCGUGGCUGGCAAGGGCAGCACCCCCAGCCUCCACGGGCUGUCAGGCUGAGCCUUGGGCCAUCGAGCAGCCCAUUCCCAGCCCUGAGGCCCACCCCGGAGACUGGACAGAGGGAGGAUUCAAGUUGGGAAGGAAACCCACAAACCAAAGAUACUGUAGGAUUGGUUCUGGCCCAUGCAGCACCUCUAGCUGUCUGCCUGAGUGGGUCAGAAACGAUCACCCUGUUGAUACACAUUGUAUCUCUGUAGUUUAAGGAGACGCUGCCGGUAACGGCGUCAGUCCAUGGCUGAGGCCCAAACCGUCUUUUCUCUCGGAGGGUGGGGAGAGAGGUGGGGGCAGCAGAGGCCUGGGCUGGGUGCCCUGUGCACGCCACCCCACUUCCGCUCUACCCCUAGGACGUUGGCCUUGGCUGGCUAGUUGGGCACUGUGUGCCCGCCCUCCAAGGGCCUCCUCUACGCCAAUGAGGCCUCAUCCGUGCUCUCGCUGGGCACGUGGCUUCAUGUCAGUAAGCAAGAUGCUUCUUAAUAACCUACCUUCUGCCCCACUCUUCCUUAUCCCACUGCCCCUGUAAGGGUCAAGGGCCCUCUGUCUACACUCUCCUCCUCCUCCUCCAUCCUCUAUUCAGAGUCAUCUCGCCCUUCCCCACAGGUGGGGAACAUGUGUAUGUGUACACAUGUAAAUUUUAAAUAUUUUAAGCAGAAAGUCCUUACCUCCUGUAAUACAUCAAUAAAGUACAAUCAAUGCGAGCCCUUUCAA